AUGCUCGAAUUCAAAGCCGGCGCCCGUGAAGGCACGGUGAUGAACCGUAUCGCCAAGGGCUACAGCGAUACCGAAAUCGCCGCCGUGGCGCAGCACUUUGCCGCUCUGGGGCAGACUGCCGCGGCCGGCAGGGUGACGCCGUCGGCGCUGGCCGACGCCUGCGCUGCCUGCCACGGCACGGACGGCAUGAGUCCCGGCGCCAUUCCGGCACUGUCCGGCAAGUCCGCCGGCUACAUCGCCCGGCGCAUGCACGAAUUCAGGGCCGACGUCCGCGAGGGCACGGUGAUGAACCGCAUCGCCAAAGGCUAUGACAACGACGAAAUCGCCGCCAUCGCGCAACACUUGGGGAAUCAAUAA